GCCCCAACUGCAUCCACUUUCCUCUACCCUUCCUUUCAGAUUUCCCUUGUCCUCUCAGUCCUUGUUUUUGUCAUUUUCUUUCUCUAUAUAUCACAACCUCAUGCAACAACCAGCACCAUUUCCACAAAGCACAAUUCCAAUUGGUAAAAAUCAAUAUACACAAGACACAAUCACUCAACUAAACCAAAUACAAACACAGACAGGAUCUAUGGAAGUAGCAGUGGCAGUGCCUCCUCCACCACCUCCUCUUCCUGACUUCAACUUCAACUUCGACAGCAACUGCUCCUCCCCUUACACCACCGCACCUUCAAGCCCCCGACGCUUUACCAACUUCUUCUUCAGCGCCCCCGCCAGCCCCACCCACUCUCUCUUCCUCCACUCUGCCGCCACCACCACCACCAACCACCAUGCUGCUGAUGCCGAUGAAAAUUUCGAAUUCGACUUCAGCGGCGACUUCGGCAGACCACCCUCCCUCUCCGCUGAUGAACUCUUCCAUGGCGGGAAAAUUCGCCCCUUAUCCGAAACCGCAAAGAAAUCAGCAUCAAAGAAAGAACCUAACAGAAUCGUUCAAAAAGAACAAAGAACAAGCAGCAAAAGAGUAGAAAUAAUUCAAAUUCGUUCUUCAUCGUUCUCACUUCCAUCAUCACCACCACGAUCAUCUUCAUCAAAUCAUCAUAUAGGAAGUGGAAGAAGAUCUGCAUCAGCGGUUUCCGAGUCACAUAAUGUUUUCCACCAAAUUGAAUCCACCAACAAUAAUAGCAACAAUUCCAAUAAUUCCAUCACCAACACAACAACAACAACAACAACUGAAUCUGAAACUGCAGCUUCAACUUUUUCUUCAUUCCUACAAUCGAUUUCGUUUGCGAAAGGUUACAGAAAAUGGAGAUUGAAAGAUUUUCUACUGUUUCGGAGCGCUUCAGAGGGAAGAGCAACAGACAAGGAUCCACUGAGGAAGUACGCGAUAGCGCAGCAGCAACACGAGGAUGGUGUGAGCGGUUCAAGUUUUCGGUCCACGGAGAGUUCCGGUUCGGUUUCGAGAAGGAGAGGACCGGUUUCGGCUCAUGAGUUGCAUUACACGCUGAACCGGGCUGCUUCAGUGGAGAUGAGGAAGAAGACCAUGUUGCCUUACAAGCAAGGGUUGUUGGGAUGCUUGGGCUUCAAUCAGGGCACGCGUCAAAUCAGUGGAAGAUUUGGGUCCUUUGAUCGUUCAUAAUCCAGAUAACUCAUCUGGAUCUUCACUUCUUUUUUGUUUUUUUUCUUUUUUCUUUUGAGUUAAUGGUCAAAUUAGUCAUUCAGUGGAAAAAUGAUGUUCAGUGGCCGGUCAAAAACUACUGUCAAGUAGUUAUAAUAAUAACCGUCACUAAACAUGAUUUUUUCAAACUAAAGUCAAACACUUGCUUACAAAAUUAUGGGCUAAUUUAACCAUUAACUUUUCUUAAAAAAAUAGUCUUGCUGUUAUUAUUUUUUGGUUAAUUAGUUAAAUAAUCCUUUCGUGGAGAUAAUAUGUACAUGCAAAACUAAUUAGAAGCUCAAAAUAAUGCCAAAACAGUUAAAUUA